AUGGGGAAAGCUUGCGGGUACGGGUCGCUGUUUCCCCGACCAGAGGCAAAGCCAACGCAGCCGUUAUCGCUCUUUUGUCCGACUGCCUCCACCUGGCCCGCGCUGACGUGA